AUGGAGAGUACGACCUGCAAGAGAAAAGACUACAUAUGCUGGGAUUCAUAUUUCAUGGCCACAGCACUGUUGGCAGCUAAAAGAAAUAAAGAUCCAUCAACUCAAGUAGGUACUUGCAUAGUGAACGAAAACAACAUAAUAGUAGGGGUGGGAUAUAAUGGAUUUCCUGGAGGCUGCAGUGAUGACGAAUUCCCUUGGGAGAAAGAUUAUUUCAGCAGCUAUGAUCAAAAAUACUUAUAUGGUAUGAAGAAUUUUCUUUCGUAA